UUUACGUGUUGUUAUUUACAACCAGCAUCGCUUUAACGUCUUUUAGAUUUGGGAAACGCUCCCAGUUGCUGCGUUAGGUCGUUUAUAACAAGUAUUUACCUUGUACAAUGGACGGCGUUGGUGUCAUUUUAGGGGUGGAUGUUCAAGGCGUUUGUUUGAAGAUGGUGUUCACUGGGGGCUGUCACAGUCCACUGGAUAAUAACCAGAGGCUCUAGUCUUGUCCGGUGGGAUUUUAACGUUACACCCAAAUGCAGCAAAUGAACUGACGUUUGUCCCCCGGUUGUUCAAAAGAUGAAAGCCAACUUGUUAAAGAAAACAAAGUUAUCCAGUCAAAAGAAAAAAGACAAACUGCUGCAAAAUGGUGAUAAGGAGCCACUUCUAUCGGAUGUUGAUGCCAUCUGUGUUGGCACAGAUGAAACAGAAACAUCUAAUGAUAUCCAGGACUGUGUAAUGGACUGUUGUCCCAAAGUCACACAGAUGAGUCCAGAACAAAGAGAGCUGGAAGCUUUGGGAGUCCUAAUGCUUUCUGGGCAACACCAGCAGCAGAAUGUGAACCUGCAGCCUCGUCCUCCUGCACUCAGAACAUUUGUUCCAAAGACAGAGCCAGAUUUCUUUCCCUUAAACCAAACUAGUUUUCAGGUUAAAACUGAGCCUGAAAUUUAUGAAGUAUUUCAGAGAGAGUCUACCUUGACUGUGGAGGAGGAAAAUGAGAGAUGGAAGGAAGUGAAACUUGAGAUGCCCGAGGAAAACCUGCUGUGUAAUUCAGACCUGGAGGAAACCAUGGCUUCUUCCUCCCUGAUUUUUCCUUGCCCCCAUUGCUCAGUGACUUUUACUGACUUUACAUACUUGGACAAGCACCUCAAAUGGUGCCAUCGAAGUGAAUACCUGUCAUGGGUGAAAAACCACAAAGUCUACAACUGUUCCAAAAUAACCUCCGGGAUGCUUAGCUGCACUUCCUGCCACUAUCGUUUCUUCUCUCAAAGCCAACUGGAGACCCACAUGCGCAAGGCUCACCUUCCGACACCCAAACCCACCCGAAAACGCUUCACCUGUCCGCAGUGUGAUCGCAGCUUUGAUUACAUUGGAAACUUACAAAACCAUUGCCGUCGAUGCCACAGCUUAUCUACGGUGUGCAAAGAUGGAAAUAUUAGCUGUGCUGAAUGCGGUAAAAGCUUUGCAGGAGUCUGGGGCCUUGGACCACACCGCUGUCAUGAUGAUGAGAAGAUACUUGAAACAAGUGUCAGUGAACCCCUUUGCACAGACCGUGGGUAUUUGUGCCAAGAUUGCGGCAAGAACUUUUCUACUCUCCAAAGUUUAAAGACGCACAAACGCAUACACACCGGCGAGAAACCGUGCAUCUGCGGAGACUGCGGCCAUAGCUUUUAUGACAUGGGGAGUCUGCGCAAACACAGAGUCAUCCAUACAGGAAUUCGGCCUUUCAAGUGUCCCGAAUGCAGUAAAGAGUUCGCUAGGAUGGGCCACCUCAGAUGCCAUCUGAGGACCCAUACGGGAGAAAGGCCAUACCCAUGUCCUCAAUGCGGCAUGAGAUUCAGCCACCGCUCAACGCUUCGCAUCCACCAACAAGUUCACUCCAAGGAAAAAGCAUUUCCGUGCGCUAUCUGUGGCAAAGCAUUUUCUGCUUUGAGGUAUGUGAAGGUCCACCAAAGAGCGCACAACUCUGAGAGAAUUCUGAAAUGCAGAGAGUGUACAAAAACUUUUACACGAGAGGAUGUGCUUAAGAAACACCUGCGCAUUCACUCUGGUGAACGGCCGUAUUUUUGCAACAUCUGCAGCAAGCGUUUUGUACGCAUCCAGCACCUGAAAAACCACAUGCGCACUCAUACCGGUGAGAAACCGUAUCGCUGUGAACAGUGCGGCUCCAGCUAUGCGCAGUCUGGAGAUUUGACCAAACACAUGAGGAAGCACACAGGAGAAAAACCCUACGCCUGUUCAGACUGUGAGCGUCGCUUCAGCAGCUCAGGGGACCUGAGCAAGCACAGACGCAGUCACACGGGCCACAGACCCUAUAAGUGUUUAGAGUGCGGGAAGAGCUUUUUAUUGUCUCAGCACCUGAAGUUACACAAACGAACACACACGGGCGAGAGGCCAUACAGUUGUCCACAGUGUCUCCGCACAUUCACACGCUCACACCAUCUCUCUCAACACAUGGAGAAGCACGCAUGAGGACAGAUGACUGCACGCCUGUCUAAUCUUUCAUGUAGGAAAAUGAAUCGAGAGUUCAUUGAUGAAUUGGGAAAUCAGUUUGCCUUAAGUAAUGUAAUCCAGACAGAUGGUUUUCUUCCUUGGGAUCUACUUAAAAGUUUAGCAUAUUGUAACGUACCCAUUGUUAGGCCUGUCAUGACAUCCGUUUUUUGUUCUACGAUAUAUUACACUAAAAUAUAUUGCGAUAAACGGUAUUAUUGUCAUUUUAUUCCACUCAUUGAAUAAUGCCAGAAUGACAAUAUAAUAUCAGCACAAGGCUCUUCCAAAAAACACAUAAUAUUUUAUUCUUAAGAACAUUUAAUUUAAUUAUAGUCAUUUCAAUCAGAAUGUGAAAACACAUCCUAAAUAAAUAAAAAUAAAUGUUAAGAAAAAAGUGCAAGGUAAAAAGUAACAGAGGCUGCAAUAUCGGCUAUCUAUUUUCAGUUGUCAGACACCCACAUGAAAAUACACUAUAGUAAUUUAUAGUAAAUACUAUAGUGUUUUUUUUUUUUUUUACCAUACUGAUACCUCUGAUGGAAAUAGAGAUGUUGCACAAUCUGCUAGAAUUGGUUUUUAUGUAUGGGGGAUAUAUAAUGCAUCACCAAAAAUGAUUAGGCUCAUGUCCAUGUGUUGUGCGGUAAGUCGAUAUAUUGAUUAUUGUGCCUACGCAUUUUCAAUGAUCAAAUAGAAUUAAUGCCGUUUACGUAUUUUUGUUCAACAAGAAACAAGCAACUGACAAACAGUGCUUUGAGUAUGAUGUGUCUAUUUAAUCCCUAGCAUUAUAAAUUGUAAAUAAAAUAAAGUGUCUAUUUAGCCAUUUAAAGACACUGUUGGUUCAUAAGAAUAAUAUAUUAGACUUAUAAUAGAUUGCUGUAGCAUUGUAAUAAUAAUCUGCAACUUGAAAUUAGUCUAUGGGUGCAAUAAUGGAAGCAUUCUAGAGCUACAUCGUUUAUAAACUCAUCACUCGGUGCUCUUGGAAAUAAUGAUGUUUCAGCAGAUUUUUCCGACUACUGUAACUGUAGCAACAGUGUUAGGGUUCCUCUUGUUUUAAUAUGAAAGUGACGUCAUUUUGCCCUGUUCAUAUUUUAACAUUUUUAUAAGCCUGGCGCACAGCUAAAAAUUAAUUCUGCAUUUAGAACUUUAAUGCUUUAUGGAGGACACUGAAUGACUAUAUUUGUGUGUUUUCCAUACUGCACUAAGCAUGGGCCGGGAUAAGAUUCUAACUGUAUGAUAACCAUGGAUAAAUAUAUCAUGGUUUUACGAUGUUGUGAUUACUGCUCUAAAAUAUAUUCUUUUUAAAUGUUUGGGUAAAAAAACAACAACUUUUUUCCCCUUUGAACACAAUGGCUGCGCCUGAAAUCACAUACUUCCAUACUAUAUAGUACGCUAAAAACAGUAUGCGAGCCAAGUUGUAUGUCCGAAUUCAUAGAAUUCGAAAAACAGUUUGCUAGUAGUACCCAGAUGACCUACUACUUCCGGUGAGAUUCUGAAGUGUGGAUCCAAUGGAUGCUACGCUAUCUCAUGAUGCGCCGGGAAAGAUUUCAUGAAUAGGAGUGAAGCGGGAAUGUCACAUGAUGAUGGCAAAAUGGCAUCCAUAGUACAUCAGAGCUCCAUUCAUACUACUCACAAUCAUACUGUAUAGCACGUACUUUUCUAUCGGUCGAGUAGUAAAUACAAAUGCAGUACCUAUUGAGUAGUAGGCGAUUUCGGACACAGCCAAUAUAUUUUAUUUUGUGAAACAUUUAAAAUAUUUUGAACGGUAAACAUGUCAGGCUAAAUUAUUAAAAUCAGUCAUUGACUUCUGCUGUCUUCAUUAGUUUCAAAAACAGAUUUCUUUACAACUUAAAACGGCAUCUUUGGUUAUCUUUUCUGAUGGAGAUACUUGUCCUAUAAAACAAAACAAAACAAAAUCUUACACUUACCGUAAGAACGGUAUAACAGAAAGCUUUGUCAGUUUUUAAAACCUUGAAUUUUCCAAACCAUGGUAUAUUUUGAAAACUCUUAUCGUCUCAUGCCUAUACUGCACUGUAAUGGGUUGGUUAUUUUAUAGUUAUUUGUGUGGUUGUUGAUUCUACCAGGUUAUUUUGCAGUUGUUUUUGUGGUUGCUCAUUCGUCUACCAAUGCCAAAGUAUUUUUAUUACCUUCAAAGGGUAAUAUAAUUGGGAAAAAAAACUUUACUGUAACUAGUUUGGAGGAAAGUCUUUUUUUGAAAGAUAUUCUUGGCAUAAAACAUGUAUAAACAAUAUGUUGUGUUAAGGUUUAUGAGUUUACUGUUAACUUUGAAACGGAUGAAUUUAAAUGACUUUUGCUCUGUUUUGAACUGCAGUGUUUUGUCAUUGUUUUUGCUUGAAUUGUGAAUUAAAGACUGUAUUCUUAUGUUAAAUGAAGCAGUAAAUACAGUAUGCUAACCAGA